CUUGUUUUCAUUUGGAUUCAUUCAAGUAUAAACCAAACCCCCUUAUCCUUUUCCCAAUCCCUUCUUCAUUCACUCCUCUACUCUUCUCUCCUUCUUCUUCUUCUUCUACUUCUUCCAUGUCUAUCACCUCCUUCAAAUCCCUCACAACAAUGGCGGAAUCAUGUCUUCUCUCUGCACCCUCCUCACUCUUCUACAACAAAACCAAACACCUCUUCUUCUCAGCUCCCUCCAGACCCCUCAAACUCCAACUCUCAUCCAUCAACCCUUCACCCGCUCUCUCCCUCGCCGCCACAACCCACCACCGCUCUUCCGCGCCCCUCUUCGUCGCCCAGACUUCCGACUGGGCCCAGCAAGAAGAAGACAACACGCUCACCCUCGAAGACCAAGAAGAAGGAGCAGAAGGUGUCAGCGAAACCGAAGCGGGUUGGGAACCCAACGGUGAAGACGCUGAAAUCGAGGGUGCUGAAGAAGGAGAAGGAGAAGAAGGAGAUUACGAGGAACCACCAGAAGAGGCUAAACUCUUUGUUGGGAACUUGCCUUAUGAUGCUGAUGGUCACAAAUUGGCCGAACUUUUCAACCAAGUUGGAACCGUGGAUCUUGCGGAGGUUAUUUAUAACAGGGAAACUGACCAGAGCCGUGGCUUUGGAUUUGUCACCAUGAAAACGGUUGAAGAUGCUGAGAAAGCUGUGGAUAAGUUAAACGGCUAUGAUUUCGGUGGUAGACUGUUGACUGUUAAUAAGGCUGCUCCAAGAGGAUCUAGGCCAGAACGUGCCCCUCGUAGCUUUGAUGCCCAACCUGCCUUUAGAGUAUAUGUUGGUAAUUUGCCAUGGGAUUUUGACAAUAGUCAGUUGGAGCAGGUUUUCAGUGAACAUGGUAAGGUUGUGAGUGCCCGGGUAGUGUAUGAUAGAGAAACUGGACGAUCACGUGGCUUUGGCUUUGUCACAAUGUCUGAUGAGGCAGAAUUGAAUGAUGCCAUUGCUGCCCUUGAUGGUCAGAGUUUGGGCGGGAGGACAAUCAGAGUGAAUGUUGCAGAAGAUAGGCCAAGGCGUUCCUUUUGAGUGGUACCUUAAGUAAUCCCCAUGACAGAUGCUGGAGUUCUUUCUCUAUUUUAAGAGCUGAGGAUAGUGUCUAUAUUUCUUCUACUUAAAACAUCCUUCUUUGGGCAGUCAUUUUCGUAUUAGAUUUACCUAUUGUACUGUUAUUAUUUUGUUGUCCCGAUUAAAAGUGUAUUAAUUCCGAUUCCUGAGAUUUUGAAGAAAGCUUUCGAUAUUUUUUUUUUCA